AUGAAGCUUUCAAGUCUUGGAGCUGCCACCGUUUUGGUAUCAGUGGCAUCGGGUCAUACUAUCUUUUGUCAACUCAAGACGAAUGAAAAGACGUAUCCCGUGUCCCAUGCUAUCCGAACGCCCACGUACGAUGGCCCACAAACGGAUGUGAAUAACAACAACUUGGCAUGCAACGGCCCUCCCAACCCGACCACCCCUUCGGACAAGAUCAUUGACGUAAAGGCCGGUGACACCGUGGGCGCCAUCUGGCGCCACACCCUACAAUCUGGGGCCAACGAUGUCAUGGACCCAGGCCACAAAGGCCCUGUCAUGGCAUACCUUAAGAAAGUCUCGGACGCGACUAAGGACAGCGGUGUCGGCAGUGGCUGGUUCAAGAUCCAGGAGGAGGGCUACAGCAAUGGCAAAUGGGGCACCGACACCGUCAUCAACAACGGCGGUAACCAACAGAUCAAGAUCCCUGAGUGCAUAGAGGAUGGACAAUACCUUCUUCGCGCAGAGAUGAUAGCUCUCCACGGCGCCAGGUCGCAGAAUGGCGCACAGCUAUAUAUGGAAUGUGCUCAGAUUAAUGUCACCGGCGGCAAGGCAACAAAGAAGCCAACAACGGCGAGCAUCCCGGGUAUCUACAAGUCCAACGAUCCUGGCCUGCUCAUCGACAUCUACAACAAGCCCCCGGGAACUAGCAGCCCUUAUAAGAUCCCUGGACCCUCCGUCUUUACUUGCUAA